UCAGCGACUUCCGGCUUCUUCCUCUUCGAAGAGAUUAACAAGACCUCAAAUCAAUACUAAAAUGAGUCGAUUUUUCGAUUAGAUCGAGGACAGGGUUGAGUCUGAGGAGGACCUCGCGCUUUGUCCGGACGCCGCGUCCCUUCCUUCGCGUGCAGGAUUCACGGCAGGCCGUUGUCUGUCGGCUAAAGUGGAUUAUUUUGGUCGCGGCGGAUCGCAGCCAUGAUGGCGUCCAGCUACAACGCUAAGGAAGAGGACGGGCACCACUCCGGCUCCGCGAGCCACGGCGGAGCGGGGGUGGCGAAGAGCAAGAAGCCGGACAACACGGCGUUCAAGCAGCAGAGGCUGCCGGCCUGGCAGCCCAUCCUGACAGCGGGCACCGUGCUGCCUGCCUUCUUCGUUAUCGGGCUCAUCUUCAUCCCCAUCGGCAUCGGCCUGUACGUGACAUCCAACAACAUCAAGGAGUUCGAGAUCGACUACACCGGCGUGGACAUGAACAGUCCGUGCUACAGCUGCGCCAAGAACUUCAGCUGGAACAGCACCACGCCGUGCGUGUGCUCGGUGGACUUCACGCUGGAGCAGCCGUUCGAGAGCAACGUCUUCAUGUACUACGGCCUGUCCAACUUCUACCAGAACCACCGGCGCUACGUGAAGUCCAGAGACGACAGCCAGCUGAACGGGGACAGCUCCGCUUUGACGAGCCCCAGCAAGGAAUGUGAGCCGUAUCGCACGAGUGAAGGACUGCCUAUCGCUCCGUGUGGAGCCAUAGCUAACAGCCUUUUCAACGACACUCUGGAUUUGUAUCAUAUUGAUAUCAAUGGGAGUAGAAAUGCAAUCCCUCUGGUGAAGAAGGGCAUCGCGUGGUGGACAGACAAGCACGUGAAGUUCAGGAAUCCAGGCGGAAACGCAAACCUCACUGUAGCUUUUCAAGGGACCAGUAAGCCUGUGAACUGGAGGAAGCCCGUGUACGAGCUGGACCCGUCGGACCCGGAAAACAACGGCUUCAUCAACGAGGACUUCAUCGUGUGGAUGCGCACGGCGGCCCUGCCCACCUUCAGGAAGCUGUACCGCAUCAUCCAGAAGAAGUCCAGCACCACACCCACCCUCCCCAGUGGGAAGUACGUCCUGGACAUCACCUACAAUUACCCCGUGCUCAGCUUCGACGGCCGCAAGCGAAUGAUCCUGAGCACCAUCUCCUGGAUGGGAGGGAAGAACCCCUUCCUGGGAAUAGCCUACAUCACCGUGGGCUCCAUCUGCUUCUUCCUGGGCGUGGUCCUGCUCAUCAUCCACCACAAAUACGACACCCGCAACAACAGCGCAGAUAUCCCCAACUAAUCCGCCUCUCCGCCCCCUGCAUGCCUGGGUGACCCCCGCCGGGUCCCGUCUGGACUGCUCAUCGGAUUUUAGCUUGAGAAGCACUGUCGGUGUCCGUCGAUUGAUUAUUUAAGGGCCGCCGUUGUUGUACAUGUCUCAUGAAUGUGUUCUUGCGUUGGGCAUCGAAGGCAUUUCUCUGCGUUUCUGUGCAUGUAGCUGCGCGCUGGCUGCUGAGACCGUCAUGUCAACUCCACCUAUGCUUUUCUUCCUUUUUUUUUUUUAAUUUCAUUUAUUUAUCUGUACAUUGUCAGAUUACCUGUGUUUUAUUUUAGCAGUGCUUUGUGAAUGGCUUCAUUAUUGAAGGAUGUCUGUAGUUUCAAUGCAAGUUUUGUCAAUACUAUACACCGUUACAUGUCCUGCUGAUGAAUAUGAGUAUAUACAGUACUAUUCCACUGACAUACCUCUGUUACCUUAAAAUAGAUUAAGAAAAUGCCUGUUUGUGUGCAGUUACUUCUGUCAGACAUUUGUUUAACAGGACGAACAUCCUCAGAGAGCUGUAGUAAAUACCAAAAACAUGAUGCUCUACCCUCUGCUGUGACUGGUUUUUCAUGCUGGACACUUUGAUUACAAGAUGAAGGUUUUUCGGGAUGGCGUGUUCCGCUUCACUUCUAUAUGAUGGAGACUGCGGUUGAUUCAGGCAAAUUCCUGAAGAUUUUUAAUUUGGUCUUAAAUUCCAUGCAUUUCUCAGAGUUGACCAAAUGAUUUGCACUUCGAAAGUGUCAGAGUUCGUUUUGCUCCUUUGUUCAUCUUCUCUUUCUGUUACCAUGCUGCACUCCUGGUUUAUGAAUAGGACAUUUGUUUCAGUUGGAAGAUCUGGGGUUUUUAAGUUUUGUAGGGUCCAAUUAAAGAACUUGCGUUGGUGUAA